AUGCCGGAAUUGGGAUCCAAUAUAAUUGGGAUUGAAGAGGAUCGUGUUACUAAUACGCACUCCAAUGAUUUUCCAGCCUACUCUCAGUCUCUGGGUAGUGCUUGGGACUUGGAAGAAUUCAAAAAGAAGUUCCAACUCAACGUCUCUUUCAUUACUGAGCGUACUGCCAACUUUGAUCUUAUAGGAUUGGAUACUUCCAUCGCUAAUGCUUUCCGUCGUAUUAUGAUUUCGGAGGUUCCUUCCGUUGCUAUCGAGUAUGUUUAUAUCUUUAACAACACGUCUGUCAUCCAGGACGAAGUUCUUUCACACAGACUUGGCCUGAUUCCUCUGAAAGUCGAUCCUGAUAUGCUUUUGUGGGUCGAUAAAACAGCAGAUGAGAACGAGAAGUUUAACGAUGAAAACACAAUCGUUCUUUCACUAAAUGUCGUCUGUACUCGUAACCCCAAUGCAGUGAAAGGUGACAAUAGACCAGAGAACUUGUACAGAAACUCCAACAUCUACGCCAGGGACUUGAAAUUUGAGCCCCAAGGUAAGCAGUUGACGACCUUCAAGGAUUUCCCUGUUGUGCCCUGUGAUCCGGACGUUUUAUUGGCCAAAUUGAGACCGGGCCAGGAGAUCUCUUUGAAAGCACAUUGCAUCCUAGGUAUUGGUAGUGACCAUGCAAAAUUCUCUCCUGUGGCCACUGCUUCCUACAGACUCAUGCCUCAGAUUGAUAUUUUGCAUCCAAUAACCGGUCAGGAUGCCUUGGAGUUCCAAAACUGCUUCCCUUCAGGUGUCGUUGGUAUAAACGAGAAAGGUGAGGCUUACGUUAAAGAUUCCAGGAAGGAUACUGUUUCUAGAGAGGUGUUGAGACAUGAGAAGUUUAAAGGUAAAGUUAGACUUGGAAGAGUGAGGGAUCAUUUCAUAUACAACGUGGAAAGUACGGGUGCCAUGUUGCCAGAGGAGGUAUUCUUUAAGAGUGUGAGAGUGCUUAGAAACAAGGCUGAAUACAUUAGAAGCUGCCCAAUAGGUAACCUUGAUUGA